GGUUGAGCCUGGGGUCAAGGACCAUGCCCGGAGGGGUAGAUGGUGCUGAUCCCAAGGACACAGGCUGUGCCCAGGGAGGAGGGACAGGAUUGGGCUGAGCCCUCCCGGUAACGGUGAUGCUCGAGGGACAAAGCUGAUUCUGGGACCGGGGCGGUACCUGAGGGGCCGGGCUGGGACUGAUCCUGGGCAAAAGAACCGUGCAUGGGGGAGGUAGAUCGGUCUGGCCCCGGGGCGGAAGGGGCAGGAAGAUGUGAGUGCGGGCCCGGGCAGCUGCAGGACUCGCAGCCGAGGCUGCUCCGCGCAGCGCCACGGAGCCCGGCGUCCCGCCCGGGUGGGCCGGGGAGGCGGUGACUCAGCCGGGAGAGGCGGGCGAGGAGCAGGCGGGGGAGGAGGAGCGGCAGGAGCCGCCGCCGCCGCUGCCGAGCCGCUCACCUGCCCGGCUCCGCCAUGGCCCGCCGCCUGGCCGCCCUGCUCCUGCUCCUGGCCCUCGGCUGCCUGCUAGGCAUCCUCCUCCUCCUCCUCGGCUCUGGGGACACACGGGGCCCGCCGGGCUUCAAGUACGGCAUCGUGCUGGACGCUGGGUCCUCCCACACCACCAUGUUCAUCUACAAGUGGCCUGCAGACAAGGAGAAUGACACCGGGGUGGUCAGCGAGCACAGCAUGUGUGAUGUGGAGGGUCCCGGCAUCUCCAGCUACAGCUCGAACCCUCUGGCAGCUGGGACAAGCCUGGAGCACUGCCUGAACCAGGCCCUGAGAGAUGUGCCCAAGGAGAAGCAUGCGGGCACUCCGCUUUACCUGGGCGCCACAGCUGGCAUGCGUCUGCUCAACAUUGCGGACCCACAGGCAUCGGAUGCUGUCCUCAGAGCUGUAGCAGCCACACUGAAAACAUACCCCUUUGAUUUCCGGGAAGCAAAGAUCCUGUCAGGGGAAGAGGAAGGGGUCUUUGGAUGGGUUACUGCAAACUAUCUCCUGGAGAACUUCAUCAAGCGUGGAUGGCUUGGAGAAUGGAUCCAGCCUCAGAAGAAGACCCUGGGGGCCAUGGACUUUGGAGGUGCUUCCACACAGAUCACCUUUGAAACAAGGGACACAAUUGAAAACCCCAGAAACGAGGUGAUGCUGAAGCUGUAUGGCCAGGCAUACAAAGUGUACACGCACAGCUUCCUCUGCUAUGGGAGGGACCAGGUCCUCAAGAGGCUGCUCUCCAAGUUCCUCCAGGCUGAGAGCUACCAAGAAACUGUCUCACAUCCCUGCUGGCCUAUGGGCUACAACAAGAGCCUGUUGCUGAGCAGCAUCUAUGACAGCCCCUGCACGGAGAAGGAGAGGCCAAGCCUUGCCCUCAACACCACUGUUACCUUGGUCGGCACUGGGAAUGGGAACCUCUGCACUCUGCAUGUCAGCAAGCUCUUUGACUUCACCAACUGCUCCUUUUCUCACUGCUCCUUUGAUGGUGUUUUCCAGCCAAAGGUUUCAGGAAACUUCAUUGCUUUCUCUGCCUUCUUCUACACGGUGGAUUUCAUACAGACCGUGAUGGGAAGACUCGUGCAUCUGCCUAGCGACCUGAAGGAUGCUGCAGAGACCACCUGUGCCACCAGCUGGAGUGAGCUGCUCCUCAAAGCCCCAAAGCUGGAGAAGAGGCUGCCAGAUUACUGCGCUGUCAGCACAUUUGUGUAUUUGCUCACCACCAAAGGCUAUAGCUUCAACAACCACUCCUUCCCCAACAUUGCCUUCCAGAAGAAGGCAGGAGAAACGUCCAUUGGCUGGGCCCUGGGCUACAUGCUGAACCUCACCAACAUGAUCCCAGGAGAGAAGCCCUCCUCCCACAAAAGCAUGCUGUACAAUUACUGGGUCAUCCUCAUCCUGCUCUUCGUGGUCACCACCCUGACAUCCCUGGUGACUGCCAUCUGCCUGCUCCGGCACAGCAAGUCCAGCAUAAUCUGAUGGCAGGGACAGGGUGGGUCCUAUCUGCAGGACCAGCACCAUCCUACCUGCUGGAGGCUCCAUGGUGUGAAUGCUUGGGAUGUGGCAAGUGCUCAAUGUCCUCCUCCAAAACCUGACACCGUCCCAGAAGAAUAGCUGCAUCCUUUUGCCCUCCCUUUGCCCUCAAGCUGCAGGAAAGGAAGGACAGAAGAGGAUCACUGGCCCUGUGGGAGAAGGGCUUAAAUGUUUCCCUGCACUACUCAGGGAUGGACCCUGAAGCAGGCUUGGAAAUGGGACAUUCAGAGCCAGGGCAUCUUUCUGCCACCAGAGCUGAGCUGAACUGAGCCAAUGAGCCCAAGCAACAACAGGAUUAAUUUUCAUGUGUAUGGGUAUGAAUGGGGAAUAUUACUUACACUAGUCCUUAUAGCCAACCUCGCUAGCCUGUCCCUGGAGCAUCAGUCCUGCCUCCUGGGGAGCUCUGGGCCAUCACCUGAAGCUCAUGUUGUCUUUCUGGCUGAUGUACAAACCCCACUGACCUUCCUGAAAGCAAGGUCUUUUUCUUGGCCAUUUGCCUCAGCUUUAGAUAAGGACUUAGCAAUGCCUUAGCUUUAGAUAAGGACAAGCUGAUGUGGGAAGAUGGCAGCUUCCAGGUCCCACUUCACCAACCAGACAUGAUGCCUUCACUACCCCCAUGGUUCCUAUGCCAGACUUGUCUUUGCCACAGACAGACACUCCUGCACACCCCGGUUCCUGCAGCUCUGUGGUGCAUGGCCAUGCUGUGGCAGAGAGCCGAUGGGCUCCCGCACUGUGGGGCUUUGUUCUGCACUGGGAUUUGAGCUUGGCAUCACCCCACACCAGGCAGCUAGGAGGAU